CGUGACCAAAACAUUGGGGUGUAAAAAUGACACCAAAUUUGCUUCAUAUUUUUGCACUUAUCACAUUGAUCAAGGUGAUUUCUGGAAAUGCUGAAGGUGAUGGGGUGUUCAACAUGGACCAGAGGUUAUUCGCUGAUGAACUUCCAGACAAAGAUAGACCCAAUGAAGACACAACUAUCCAUGUUAUAUUCAUGAAUCAUUUAGAUGUUGGCUACAAUGGAAUAGCCCCCAAAAUUGGUUUCAUCAACAAUGUUUUGAACACAUAUUUUCAUGAACACUUUCCAAGGGCUGUGAAAGUUGCCAAAGAAUUGCGCGAAGGUGGCUUUGUAGAAACGUUCAAGUACACAACACACCCAUGGCUGCUGAGCAUGUAUUUUGAUUGCCCACCAAAUCUAGUACUUAGUGGUGUUAAGUUAAAGUGUCCCAAUGCAACACAGAUUAAGAAUAUGACAGAAGCAAUUCAUGCAGGGGACAUCACAUGGCAUGCUGGGGCUAUGAACAUGCAGUCUGAAAUGAUGGCAGAAUUCCUCUUAGAGUUCAGUUUGUUUAUUGGAAUGGACUUGGAUAAAAAGUUUGGAAUCAAACGUGAUCUCAGAGUCUUAAGUCAAAGAGAUGUGCCAGGUUUAACAAAUGCAGUUAUCCCAACAUUGAAAAAGUGGGGUGUAGAAGCUGUAAGUGUUGGUGUUAAUCCAUUUACAAGUCCCCCUGCAGUACCUGCCCCUGUAUUUAGAUGGGGCUAUGAGUACACAGAUCCACAUGGGUCUCAACAGUCAUGGGAAGUGCUGGGGCUUUGGCAUCCAGGAGGUUACCCAAUGAAUCCUGGACCUAACCCAGCUAACCCUGGGGGUCUCUCCAAGAAGGACUGUCACAUUAUUCCAAACUUCAAGCAUGUAUUGUGCUUUGCUUUUCGAACGGAUAAUUCUGGACCCCCAGAAAGUGUGCAGGAAAUUUUAUUGAACUAUGAGAUUCUCCGUGCUGAAUUUCCCGGAGCCAACAUUAGAGCUUCAUCGUUUGAGGACUACAUCCAAACCAUUGAUGCUGAAGUGAGGAGCACUCUCCCUUUAACAUACAAUGAAAUAGGAGACACUUGGAUACAGGGUAUCGCAUCAGAUCCAAGGAAGAAUGCAGAAUAUCGAGUGGUUUCUGGCUUAUUGGAGAAAUGCUUGAGUAGUGGUGCAUGCAGUUUUGAGGAUAAAGAUGUGUACAAUGCUACAAGAUUUCUAUUGAAGACACCCGAACACACCUGGGGUUUACCUUCUGUGAAUGACAAUGUCAACUGGACAAACACUGCUUUCAAUAAGGCUAAAUCAGGAGCAAACUAUAAGAAUUGUACCUUAUCUUGGCUGGAGCAGAGGGAGUUCUCUAGAAUCACAGUGGAGACUUUAAAACCGCGUCAAGUUGCCUAUGACAUGGAAAAGGCUAUUAAAGAGUUAGACGCCACUCUACCUGAUUUGGCUAAUUAUGAGAAGAUGACAUUCCCCUCUGAAAGAUACACUUGUCCAACUUUAAAGAAUAUGGAGGUCACCUUUAGUAAUACAGGGGCUAUAAACCACCUGUCAUUAACUGAUGAGAAAAAAGAACCAAUAAAAUGGAAGGGCACUUUGGGAGAGUAUACAUAUCACACAUACAAUCUCUCUGACUUUGACAACUUUGCUAAACAAUACACAUAUCUCUAUGGCAAUGUCUUCUACAAAACUAAUCUCACCAACAACACACAUGCUGAGAGCAGAAAGUGGUCUAUGGCUUUGACGGAACUAUAUAGAUCUAAAGAUGCUGACUGUACAUUCCUUCUUCACCUUAUUGCCAAGGAGACAGAGAUGUACACAUACUAUGGUGCUCCUAAAGAAAUCUGGCAGACAUACACUAUAUCUCCAGAGGGGGUUGAUAUUACAUUGGAGCUGUUUGGUAAAACAUCAACCAGGAUGCCAGAAGCGUCUUUUGUGGAGUUUGUGAAUGAUGGGGACGAAAGCAGCUGUCAUUGGGACAUGGUGAAAAUAGGCCGACCUGUCAGUUUCUACAAUGUCAUGAAAAAUGGCAGCCAAUACCAACAUGUGGUUGAAGGUCUGUUAUACAAAGAUGGGGUAAAUCGUCAGUUUUCUUUGAAAUCUCCUGAUGUUCCAUUGAUUUCUCCGAUAGUUUACACUUCAAUGCCAACUCCCACUUAUGGACCUACCCCCUUCCCAGUGCCUCUUGGGCAGAUAACGAGAGGGGAAUGUGUUGCAGGUAUAGGAUAUAAUAUACAUAACAAUGUUUGGAGUACUAACUAUGUACUCUGGUACCCUCUUGUUGAUGAAGAUAAAGACAUGAGAUAUAGGUAUUAUUUGGCAUUUAUUUAGAUUUCUGAGAUUUAGCUUUAUGCCAUCAUCACAUUUGCUCUGAUCUUCAACACUGCCACCUAGUUGAUGAGUAUUUUGUUCAA